UAAUCUUCCUCAAAAAGAAAAAAAACAGUAAACACCUUUAAAAAACAUUUCAGUUCUGCAUGGCCAAGAUUCCCACUUCUACCUCUUGUCCAGAAAGAACAAUAAUUCCCAUCUACCUGCUUUGCAGCCUGAAAGAAUGUUCAUGGAGCAGUUGGAACAUCUCCAAGGAAAGGCCAACUUAAUAUAAAGUGAGAUUUUGUUACUAAUGGGUGAGAUUCUCACCUUCAGAGAGUCUAUGAAUUUUUUUCUGCAAAUAAUGCAGGAAAAAGGGAAAAGCAAGGCAGCUCUGGAAAUGUAACAUGUAUGAAAUUAAACUGGUUAUAAAGUCAACCCAACAUCUUAGGUUCUUUUCCUCUUACCAGAUUGAUGUGAAAAUCCUGGAAAGAUUUUCCAAGAGCAAGUUCUGUGCUGAGAAGUGGCUUUUUAAUGAAUUGCUGCAUUAAAGGAUGGAAAGGUCCGUUACAGACAUGUGGUCUCUGUCUCUGAUUUCAGAGAAUUGGUAGUGAAAUUUAUACUCUCAGUGCACAGAAGCUGCUCUAGGUGAAAGUAGUGGCCAGCGGAUGCUGAGCUGAGGAUGGAGUUCCAGUGCGAGAAUUGAGAGCAGCCCCAGGGCUGAGGAAUUUCACUUUAUUCACAUCAAAAGAGGAACCUGAGGGUUCCACUGACCAACAUACACAUAAGUCAUGAAUUUUUUUUACACGCAUGAUUGGCGGUAGAAGACAUUAUAGCCAUGGAGUAAAGAUCUGAUAAGGUUCUGUUGGGGUGAGUGGUAGCUUGCGGCUUUGUCUGUAUGAUGCACGUGGUACUUGGCAGAGAGGCCUUCCCACCCUGCUGCAUUGGGAAUAGUGCAGCAGCCUCUCUUCCCAGCACCAUAAUCUUAGGUGAGAGAUGAGCUGAUUCUCUAUAUUAAUAACACUUAGCUCGUUGCUUCAUACAGAGAUCCUUGAACCAGAGGUCCUCACCUCCAGUACUUCCAUAAACUUUCUUCUCUUUUAACUGCUUUUGUUGAAAUGUCUUGUAUUUUAAAAUGUCUUGCAUUCUUUCUUAUUAAACAGGGGCACUGAGCAUAAUUUCAUCUUUUAGGGGGAAGACUUACCAUUGUUUUGGACAUAGAUUAAUGAACUGUGCUGAAUUCUAGAGAAAGCCCCAGUGGCUUGUACGUGGUAUGUGGGAAUAUCUGCCCUAGAUUGGCACCAGACUAUCAACUUUCCAUUUCCGACAUCUGCUUUUUAAUAUUCUGACACUCUUUUCCCUGCUAAUUGCUGGUUUUUACCACUAUCAGAGUCUCCAGUGUUUCUUGUUCCACAGCACUCUGAGCUGGAAAACAAGAUGAUUUGGCUUGUUAGACUUGUAGGCAAAGUAAGAAUCUGUGAGCUUUGAGUGAGGAACGCUGAGGGCUAGGACUUCUGGAGGGGAAUAGAGUUCAUGGAUGGACCUACCGACAGUUACUUUGGACACCCAGCAACCUUUGCCACUGAUGUUUUAAUCAGGCCUAAUGUCUGCUUGGAAAUUCUUUGUCUGAGACUCGCAAGACAAAGUAAGCUACUUCUUACAGUUAGAAUCCCUGACCAAAAUGAAAGCACAUCCUUAGUUUGACCAGAACAACAGUAACAAUAAGGCUAAUGUCAGAGCCCUGUGAUUUUGGUGGUAGCUUAGCCAUCUAAUAUGUGUAAAUUGUACUUUGAUGCUGUUUCUUUUCUUGGGAGAAGCAGUGUUACCUCAUUGUAAUGCCCACAGUACACUGACUUCUAGAGGUCAGAGAAAGUGGCAAAAGCCAUUGGGGGAGAGGACAGGGUGGGAGCGACGCCUUGGGCAUGGGAGGAGAACUCAGCUGAAAGAGUGACUGAUCACCUGCUGGGAGCUGGGCCGUGCUCUGGUGCUAUACGGGGCAGUAAGCGCUAAUAACUUUCAUCUGGCUUGGAGACACACAGAUGUGUUUAUUAUAAUGCAAUGUGUGGUGUGAUAGCCACUGUACAGAUGCCACAGUGCCCUGAGGGUGAGGCCCCAGAAGGUGAGGCAGUGACUCCAGCCCAGCCUUGGGUCCUUGAGUCCCUAGGAUGAAGGUGGGGCAGGGGAGUCCUGUGGGCUAUCACAAGAUGUCCUCAGGUCCAUCUGCACUCAAGCAUGAUUGCAAAGCUUACAAACACACGCCUUGCACGUAUUCUUUAACGAUUUGUCAAAUGUGUGGAGGACAUGCUGUUAUAAAAUAAUCGUUUGAAAGCGUUAAUGAACUCAAAACAGGGUUUCUUUUUGUUUUCUUUUGUCAUUGUAUAUUUUCUCAGUUGCUGGCUAUUGGAAGGACAACCACCAUGGUGUAGGGGACCUCAGGCUUUUAAAAAUCUUUUGUGAAACCUAAGGGAGAAGGUGUGGACAGGCUGGGUUAGGAGGAUGUGAAUGAAGGUGGAGAACCACCUGGGCAGCAGAGGGGCAGGAAGAGAAGCUCUGAUGAGUAACUGUUGGCUUUGGUGAUCGGGAGGCCACAAUGACUGUUUCCCUGACUCUGCUGUAAAGGCAGAAGACAGGUUGCAGUAGCAUGAGGAGACAUCACGCGGAGGAGGAGAGACAGCAGGUGUUCACUGUUCUGGGGGGAAGUUCAUAACGGAAGGAGAAAGUGAAAAAAGGAAGGUUUUUAGAUGAGAGAGACUUGAGCCUAUUUCUAGGCCUCAGGGGAAGGAGCUGGUGGCUGGAAGAGGCUGAUGGUGCAGAAGAGAGGGGCUGUGAGCUGUGAAGGCUGUGCAUCCUGUGUCUCCUUCUGUUGGUGAUAUGCUUACCCAAGAGUCAAGCCCCUGCCUCUCCGGGGAGAGUCAUCAGCAAAUUUAUAUGGGUGAAGUCAAAGUCCUAGCUUUUUCUUGUGCGUUCCUCUUUCUUUGGGAAUUUUCAGCUGUUUAUUAAUCAUUCCUCAAAAUCUAAACCUUGGCAAACUGUAUCAAUACCUGUAUAUUCCAGAUUCUAGUUUACAAAGCACUUGGACAUAGUUUGUUUCAUUUGCGCCCCCAGGAGCCCUAGCCUUGCACUCAGUGGAAUCACAUGGGGCUUCUUAGAAAUGCAGACUCCCAGGCCCUUCUCCCCUUGGCCUACUGAACCAGAAUCUCCGUUUUCAUAAGAUCCCCACAGCGUGAAAAGGCACAUUAAAGUUUGAGAAGCAUUGCCCUAGAGCAGGGGUUCUAAAGUGUGGUCCCUGGACUAGCACCAGCAUCACCUGAAACUUGUUAGAAGAAAAGCCAUGGGCCCCACACCAUCCCAACUGGAUGUGGUUCUCAACCUUCACUCCAUCAGCAGCACCUGGAGGCUGUUAGAACACUCCUUUGUGGGCGCCAUUCUGAGAGUUUCUGAUUCUAUUUGCAUUUCUGGUGAGUUCCCCAGGGAUGCUGCCCUCGAUGGUGAGGAAUCAGCUGCUCUGGAGGACUGUCUGUAUACACACGUACAUGUAGAGUAUACUGGUGCAGUGCUUCCGACGCUUCCCCCUGGGGAGAUUGAGGCCAGGGUGCCAGGGUCCAGCUGAUGCCAGCAAAUACCUCCUAACCUCGGAUUCUUGGAGAUUCAGAAUAUGAACAACAUCAUCUCUUUCCCUCUGGACAGUUUGCUGAAGGGGGACCUAAAAGGAGUGAAAGGGGAUCUGAAAAAGCCUUUUGAUAAAGCUUGGAAGGACUAUGAAACAAAAAUAACCAAAAUAGAAAAGGAGAAAAAGGAACAUGCCAAGCUCCACGGGAUGAUCCGUACUGAAAUCAGUGGGGCUGAAAUUGCUGAAGAGAUGGAAAAGGAGCGGCGGUUAUUCCAGCUACAGAUGUGUGAGUAUCUGCUGAAGGUCAAUGAAAUUAAGAUUAAAAAGGGAGUGGAUUUACUUCAGAAUCUGAUCAAAUAUUUUCAUGCCCAAUGCAAUUUUUUCCAGGAUGGACUGAAAGCGGUUGAAAGCCUCAAACCUUCCAUUGAAACACUUUCAACAGAUCUGCACACAAUCAAACAGGCCCAGGAUGAAGAAAGAAGGCAGCUGAUACAGCUUCGAGAUAUUUUGAAAUCGGCAUUGCAGGUUGAACAGAAAGAGUCUAGGAGAGAUUUACAAAUUCGCCAGAGUACAGCCUAUAGCUUACAUCAGCCUCAGGGAAACAAAGAACACGGAACCGAGCGGAAUGGCAACCUCUACAAGAAGAGCGAUGGGAUCCGAAAAGUGUGGCAGAAAAGGAAAUGUUCUGUUAAAAAUGGCUUUCUGACCAUCUCCCAUGGCACGGCUAACCGGCCUCCUGCAAAGCUCAACCUAUUAACCUGCCAAGUGAAGACCAACCCUGAGGAGAAAAAGUGCUUUGACCUUAUUUCACAUGACAGGACGUACCACUUCCAAGCUGAAGACGAACAGGAAUGUCACAUAUGGAUGUCUGUGCUGCAAAACAGCAAAGAAGAAGCUUUAAACAAUGCAUUUAAGGGAGACGACAAUACUGGAGAAAAUAACAUAGUCCAAGAACUGACCAAGGAGAUCAUCUCUGAAGUCCAGAGGAUGACGGGCAAUGACGUGUGUUGCGACUGCGGGGCGCCAGAUCCUACAUGGCUUUCCACCAAUCUGGGCAUUCUGACCUGCAUCGAGUGUUCUGGAAUCCACCGAGAGCUGGGGGUUCACUACUCCAGGAUGCAGUCCCUGACGUUAGAUGUAUUGGGAACAUCUGAGCUGCUGCUUGCCAAGAAUAUUGGGAAUGCAGGCUUUAAUGAGAUCAUGGAGUGUUGCCUUCCAGCUGAGGACUCGGUCAAACCCAGCCCAGGCAGCGACAUGAAUGCAAGAAAGGACUACAUCACUGCCAAGUACAUUGAGAGGAAAUAUGCAAGGAAAAAACACGCGGAUAACACGGCAAAACUCCACAGCCUUUGUGAAGCCGUCAAAACAAGAGAUAUUUUUGGAUUACUCCAAGCAUACGCUGAUGGUGUGGAUCUUACGGAAAAAAUCCCACUGGCCAAUGGACAUGAGCCAGAUGAAACAGCCCUGCAUCUUGCAGUCAGAUCCGUAGACCGGACUUCUCUUCACAUUGUAGACUUUUUAGUUCAGAACAGUGGGAACCUGGAUAAACAGACAGGGAAAGGCAGCACGGCCCUGCACUACUGCUGUCUGACGGACAACGCUGAAUGCCUCAAGCUCCUGCUGCGGGGGAAGGCGUCUAUCGAGAUCGCUAACGAGUCAGGAGAGACACCGCUGGACAUCGCCAAGCGCCUCAGGCAUGAGCACUGUGAGGAGCUGCUCACCCAAGCCUUAUCAGGAAGGUUUAACUCUCAUGUGCAUGUUGAAUAUGAAUGGCGGUUGCUCCAUGAAGACCUGGAUGAAAGCGAUGACGACAUGGAUGAGAAAUUGCAGCCCAGUCCCAGUCGGCGAGAAGACCGGCCCAUCAGCUUCUACCAGCUGGGGUCCAACCAGCUGCAGUCUAAUGCUGCCUCUUUGGCCAGAGACGCCGCCAGCCUGGCCAAGGACAAGCAGAGGAGCUUUGCGCCCAGCAUCUUGCAGAACGAGACAUAUGGAGCCAUCCUGAGCGGCAGCCCACCGCCCACCCAGCCUGCAGCCCCCAGCACCGCCAGUGCACCCCCACUUCCCCCGCGGAACAUUGCCAAAGUUCAGACAGCCUCCUCAGCUAACGCCUUGUGGAAGACAAACUCUGUAAGUGUGGACGGUGUAAGCAGGCAGCGAUCUUCGUCAGAUCCGCCAGCUGUCCACCCACCGCUGCCCCCUCUUCGCGUGACAUCUACCAAUCCCCUGGCUCCCACGCCACCACCCCCAGUAGCAAAAACGCCCAGUGUGAUCGAAGCCUUGAGCCAGCAGAGCAAGCCGCCCCCAUCUGGGGGCCCACUGAGCAAAGCGCCCCCGCCCCUGCCGCCCCAGCCGCCCAGCCGCCCCCCUCAGAAGAGGCCUGCUCCUGGGGCUGACAAGUCUACCACACUGACCAACAAAGGCCAGCCAAGAGGACCCGCAGUGGAUCUGUCUGCAACGGAAGCUCUGGGUCCUCUGUCCAACACCAUGGCCAUGCAGCCCCCAGCGCCCAUGCCCAGGAAGUCACAGACGACCAAGUUGAAGCCCAAGCGGGUCAAAGCCCUCUAUAACUGCGUGGCUGACAACCCAGACGAGUUGACCUUCUCUGAGGGGGAUGUGAUCAUCGUGGAUGGGGAGGAGGACCAAGAGUGGUGGAUUGGCCACAUUGAUGGAGAUCCUAGUCGCAAAGGAGCAUUUCCCGUAUCAUUUGUGCACUUUAUUGUUGACUAAAUUGCUACUGAACAAAAACACUUCUUUUAGCAAUUUUUCUGUUCCUGUUUCAUUAUUGGUACCAAAACUCUUGCCAGAUAACCAGUUUCAUGAAUUGUAUUGUCCGGUAGCCCCACUUUCUCUAAUGCCACUGUUCUGUUUUAAAAACUCAAAGGCGUUUUAUAUAUAUAAAUGGAUUGUUUUUAUAAUUUGUGGUUUUCAUGAAACAUUGCUAUCCUUUUAGUGGGAAAACUGAAUUUCCUAAAAGGUGAACUGAAAAGUUAUUUUAACUACAUAAUCAAGAUCCUGAAUCUACAGAAUUAGCUGAACCAAAAAAUGUUUGAGAAAGAAAGAAAUUCUUCCUGCUUUCCUUGGCUCAUUUCUGGUGUCGGUGACCUUUAGCGCAAUUUUUGUUUUAGGAAGCCAGUAAACUGUUGCUUUAGAAGUCCACAGCCAGCCAGGACUUUCUAGAUAAAAUGCUAUCAGUUCACCUUUAAAGAUAUUAAAAAAAAAAAAAGAUACCUUUGAAAUCCACCCAAUGUUUAUUUAAAGCAACUUGGAAAUUUACACCUUAGUGAUCUACCUUCCAGCCCUAAUUUGUGAGGUUGCAACUCUCACUGUAUUCUGCAUGUGCGUGUAACCUGUUGUGAGCAAUCCUAUACAAAACUUCUGAUGGUUUAUUACAGUAAUCGCAGUUAAUUCUGUUCUUGGUUAUAUAAAACUGCAUUUCCUGAAUUUGGUUAAAAACUAAGGAUGAUGGAUUGCAAAACAGUUCUUUAAACUAGUUUAUAUGCUUUAGAUGUUUUGCCUUCUUGAAUUUCCUUCAUCACACAGGUAGAUGCUGUGGCGCAGACCCCGCUAUGUUACCACACACCUGCUGUUUCCUCUUGAGUGUACCACUGCCUUCCCUUUCUAGCUCCUGAGAAUGUUUACUCAGUUUAGUGUCUUGUGUUUAUAUAAUAUACCAACAGGAAUGGUAGUUACACUGUCUUGAAAUUUAAUCAGUCCAUUUGUUUGUAAUCAAGAGCAUAUCAGAAAUCUGUAGGUCCCAGGUAAUAAAUACUCCCAAACAUCCCAGUUUUACUGUUGAAGUCCAUCAUAUCAUUCUUAAACUUAAGCUUCUGGGGGUGGGGGGAUUAGGUUAUACCUGAUAAGAUCAAAAUUCCUUAGUUUAAUGAACUUGACUGUCAUACCUCUAUUUAGUAAUUGUGAGCAUAAGAUUCAGAGUAGGAAUAUUGGAAAUUUUGGCGCUCUUUGAGAAUAAAUAGGCAUAUAAUGCCCACUUGGGUUUUUACCAAAAGUAAAGGAAUAAAUUUAAAUAUAGGCUUGGAAAGCGAGGUAACGAUGCUUUUAUUGCAUUUGUUAUGAUGGUACAUUUGACUGAAGCAGCCUGUCUUUAUUAUGCAAGACUCUUUAAGUGCAGAGCUUCUUUUUUUCUAAUUGCAUUGUAUUUUUUGUUGCUAUUAUAAAGGAAGACAACAAACUGGAAUGUUUUAAGAUGUUAUACAGCAAUUGCUUUUUUGCCUUUCGUAGUUCGGGUAAAAAUGUGUUAGAUCUGUAAUUAGUCUUUUUUUUUAAAGCACUACAUCUAUUUUCACUAAUUGUUAAUUUCUGUUGUUUGAACCCUUUAGUUAAUUCUCUCAUAGAUUUAAGAAAGUAAACAGAUGAUUUUGCACAGUGCACUUCUUAUGUAUAUUUUAACAUAAUCCUUUCACAUCUCUAUCUUACAAUCGGCCUUUUGACUACUUGGUGCCAGCUACAUAAGGAAUAAAGUUGAUUCAUAUCAACAUUUGAAUGCCAGUCCCAAACUAAUCUAUCAGGUUCACUGGUACAUAAAUAUCUAGGAAAUAUUUUUCCAAUCUACAAUUUGGUGGUGCUAUCGUGCAGUAAUUAAUAUUACUCUUGCCAGAGGAGAAAUUAUAUUAACUUCCCUGCUAAUAUCCUUUCCUAGUUAUUUGCUCUUUGCAAAUUAAAAAAAGCAACUGAGAGAAAGGAAAACAUUGUAGAUAUCUAUUUAUAUUUAAAGUUUACGUUUCAUGAAUUAGCUGCAGGAUUCCGGCAUUUUGCAUGCCAUUUCCAUCAGAUCUGACUUCUGGGGAUAAGGACUCAGAAACAUGUGCACAGACUAAUAGUUACUGUGUGAUCUGUUAGGGGUGGGUAACAUACUAUGCAGCGUGGAAUGCUAUUUGAGAUGUAUGAUAUUCAAUUCAUUCACUUGAUUACUUGGGUCUAGUUGCAGCGCAACUGUAUAUAUUGUAUAACCUAAAUCAAUUCUUAUUUUCAUUGUCCUUAAUGCAGUGAUUUAUAAUUAGAGCAUGUUUAUUAAGUCUACUCUUCUUGUUAACUAGUCAUUUGACUAGAAAAAAAUAAAGUACUUUUAAAUGGA